AUGAGGACUCCUUCAAAGCAGAAAAGGAAGGACACGACGCCAGAUGAACACGAGGAACAUGUAUUGGCGUCACUGCUGAGAUCUUGCGGCGAAGAAGGCCGUGCUCGAAUCUUUUCGAAAUUCGCAGAGCAUGAAUAUGAAAAAGUUGAUCGGGCAGUGGAGCUAAUUUUGAAAUACCAGUGA